AUGCCUCGGCGCCCACAGCGACCGUCCGCGUUUGGUGUGUCUUUUGGGUCGGACGACGGCAGCGACUUGUCAGCGCACCGGCUGUCGGUCGGCUCCCAGGAUGAAGCAGCAUCCUCAGAUACUGGCCGUCAAUCCAAGGAGGCGAAAACGGCCAAGAGAAGGAAAGCUGGGAAGCACUGUCACGUCUCGUAUCACCCUACUUCGACUGAUAUACCAGAAACCGCAGCCAUCGAGGUCCUCGGAGAAGACCCGGACGACCUCCACGAUGCCAACAACAAGCCCGUGCGGGCCCUCGACAAUUUCGAAGUCUUCAACCCAAGUAGCCAUUUCAAGCACGUCGGUAUAGACGAACUACACCGGUCCUCCGGUGUUUGUCAGGCGGCCGGAUUCGUUUCCCCGGUAUUCAUCAGCGAAGAAGAUGCUGGGCAAGAAGAUGACGGAGAAGGAGGAGGCGACGACGACGACCCCACGAAGGGGUUGCAGCAUCUCCGAACGGAGUCGCUCAAGGGUUACUCCCUCGACUACUGCAAGAUGGAUGACCCUUUUUAUAUCGAAACCCAAUUUGCAUGGUACUGCCUGAAGAGGCCCUCCCAAACUUAUCGUCGGACCUUUGUGCAAUUUUAUCGUCCCCACAGGAUUGUCCAGCUAAUUAUCUCAGUCGCAUCUGAAGGUCGUAUCAUGCAAUAUGGUGACUUCGAAGAGGAGUACAUCGGAAGUUGGGACCCGGCUCUCGACGAGCAUCUUCAAAUGGAGGACUUUAUCGGAGCUGUGGGUGUUUGCCGCCGUACAAAAUUGCGAAAGUGCGCCUUCGUGAAGCACAUCCUCAGUUCCCAAUCCUCCUUCCACAUCCCUCUCCCACCAUCAACUCCGCUUCCGCAACCUGCUGCUCAGCGCAUCCUUCGACUCUCCAUCGGCAUUGCCGCUUCGCUCGAUCUCGCCGUGCUCCAGCCUCAGAACCAAACCCCAACCCAUGUGACUCCGCUUAUUGAUGCUCUUGCUCAAGGCCUCUUCCACGAGCAUCUUCAAGUUGUCGGUGCUCAGCUCCCACUCCCGACCAAGGGGGACCUCAAGAGAAGACAGAAAGCCAGAUUUCAUUUUCUCGUCAAACUCCUCUCUCACCUAGUCAGCAUUGAGCAACACAAGAUAUCUUGGGCAGGCAGGCAUAGACUGAGUCAACAGCCGUUUUGGGGUGCCGUCACUAUUGAUGGUGAAGAGUACAAGGUGGGAGAUUGUGUGCUCAUCCAGGCGGGGCGCUGGAAGGGUCGAUCAGCAGCACGGAUACCCACCGACCUUGAAGAUAUCCCGGAAACCGCUUCUGUGGCAGACUACUUUUGGUUUGCGAAGAUCAUCUACAUCAACCAACAGAAUGCCGAGCUUCACGUCCAAUACUUUGAACACAGUUCGAAGACUAUUCUGGGAGAGAUCUCGAACCCACAGGAGCUCUUCCUAUGCAACAUCGGGAAGGUGACUGUUCAUUACAACCACCCUCAAAACAAGCUCUUGAAUCCUGCAGAGUUCUUCUGCAACUUCAUCUACUCUGAGGUGGAUGGAUCCUUCUCAGACAUCCCAGAGUUUGCUCCCCUACCUGCUGGAGACAAUUGUCCAGUCUGCUGUGCAGCUUAUCAGCUCUCUCAUGAGACAGCUGCCACUGCAUCUGACCAUGCACUCUAUUAUUUAGGUGCAACCUACCACCAGGAUGACUACAUCUUGUUCAGGCCUGAUGAUGCUAACCAGCAGAGCAAGCAGAACCUCCCUGCUUCAGUUGGCAGGAUACUUGACAUCCAUACCCCUAUAGCUGCCAGAGCAGCUUUAGAUCCUGAGGCCACACAGGUUACUGUCCAGCUUCUAGGGAGAGUGGGAGUUGACCUAAAGGAUCUUCCAGACAGCCUUUAUAAGCAUGAGAGAGAACUCUUUCACACCCGACAGCAAGUGACUAUUCCAGCAGUUGAUAUCCUCAACAAAUGCUAUGUCCUCCAUCACACUAGUUGUCAAGAAACCUGGCUAGCCAGAUCUCCUUUCCACUUCUAUUUGAAGUACACCCUCCGUUCCCUUGGUGCCAGCUGGAAGCACAGGACUGAGCUCAAAGCAUCAGAAGUGCCAGUCUGCCCACCAUGCCAUGAGGAGCAGGAGGAUGCAUUCAGGGAGUCUCAAAAGCUCUUCUCAGGACCUACCCCGAAGGGUUGUCUGAGGGCAUUUGACCCCUUUGCAGGGAUUGGAGCCUUUGGCAUGGCCAUGGAAGCCACGGGAUCUGUCAAGGUUACCCAUGCAGUUGAGAUCAGCCCCAGUGCAGCCACAGCAUUGAAGAAGAACUCUCCAUCUACAACAGUCUACAACCAGUGCUCCAAUCUGGUCCUCCAGCACUCCAUCAAGACUUACCAGGGACAGCCAAGUGGCCGGCUCAAGGAUAUCAAGGAAGAGAAGCCUCUUCCCCCACCACCCACUCCAUCCCAGAUCGACUGCAUCAUUGCGGGCUUCCCAUGCCAACCACACUCCACGCUAAACAUGUUCCAGAAAGCCAACGACCGCAAGAGCCAUCUCAUCUUGAACCUCCUCUCAUGGGUUGAUUUCCUCAAGCCGAAGUUCUGCUUCUUCGAGAACGUCAAAGGCUUCCUCAGUUACCGCCUUCACGCACACCAAGCGGGCAAGCACCGGCUCAAAGGUGGUAUCAAGUUGGGCGGUCUCAAGUUCCUUGUCUACGCCCUUGUGCAGCUCAAGUAUCAAGUUCGCUUCGCACUCCUACAGGCCGGGCACUACGGCACCCCUCAGAGUCGCGUGCGCUUCUUCCUCAUCGCCGCGAAGCAGGGCCAACCACUCCCACAAAUGCCGCAGCCGACACACAGCUCGCUCUUCAACGAGAGCCUCGAGAUUCACCUCCCAGACCCGGACAUCACGGACCCCAUCCGUCCAAUCCUGACGACGAACGGGACCGCCGCGCACCGGUAUGUGUGCAUCGAGGACGCGAUCGGGGACCUCCCGUCGUUCGAUUGGGAGCACCCACAGCACUUCAACAAGAAGCGGCCGCGACGGAGGCAAGGCCACCGGACGGUGAAGAACGACCCCGACGAGGCGGAGUGCGGACCUACGCUCGCGCGCGGGCGGGAGUACGACACGGAGCCGCGGACGUCGUACCAGGCGCGGUGUCGGGAGCGGCCGACCACGGAUCUCCAGCACGUCACACGGACGUACAAGCCCGAGACCGUCGAGAGUGUCGAGCUGUUGGACUGGCAGAGCAGCAACCCGCUCUCCGCCAUCGCACGCGAGGGUUAUCGCAAGGGUCUCUACGGCCGCCUCGACCGUAACCGCUGGUUCCACACCACCGUGACCAAUGUCGAACCGACUGCGAAGCAAAGCUACGUGAUCCAUUAUGCGGACCACCGUACGCUCACCGUGCGGGAGCUUGCGCGCUCCCAGGGCUUCCCAGACUGGUUCGUCUUUGUCGCGGAGGACGGCAAGGUCAAGACGAUGCAGAGACAAAUCGGGAAUGCGGUACCGUGGCAGAUUGGGGAAGCCCUGGGGCGAGAGCUGAAGAAGGUGCUGAUAGAUGCUGAGAUUGCGCGGAAGUCCACGGCGAUCGAAAUUUCGGACGAAGAGUGA